AUGGCCUCCGAGUUCCCCUACACGCUAACAAUCUCCAUCCCCCUACCGACUUCUCGACUAGCGUCUUCCGCUCUUCGUGCCAUCGAAGUCGACGCCGAGCUUUCACCUUUUGUCCGUCGCGAAAUGGCACUGAAGUUGCCCACGAUGACUGAUCUGCCGGGAAUGGUGUCCGAAUUCGCCCCUGCCAUCCUGGAGACAACGUACCACGCGACCACGAAUCGGAUGCUACGUGUUGCGGUGAACGGGUUCAUGGAGAGUCUGGGUGUUGUGCUCACGGUUAUGGAGGAGUUGGAUGUGGAUGUGUUAAAGGCAGAGGAACUGGAUAAAAAAUGA